UCAAUGUAGUUGUUUCCGAUUCUGAUACAGCUUCCCCCUUUGAUUUCAAUUUUCCCCUGAAGUCAAUAAUCAAUCGUCUAUAUUAUAAUUCUUGUAUUCUCUAUGCCUCUUCUCUCAUAUAUGUAGUUCGCACUUAUAUUCACUUCGAUUCAAUUCAGUUGCAAAUUCAGCAGUAACCGGCAGAUUCUUCUACGAUGCAGUUGAUGUGUGAGUUAAUGUUACUCUUUCUAGUUUUACACAUCAUAUGCGGGGUAGCAUUCAGUCAAAGAUUGAACCAAUUAUGCACCUCAUCACAAGAUAGAAUAGGACGCUGUGUUAAAAGAGAACAUUGUCCAGCUGUGAUUGAAAAUUCAAAUAAUUCGAACGACAGCAUAUGCAGAUCAGGUGAAAAUCAACAUCGAGAAACAUUGAUUUGCUGUCCAAUACUUCGAAACUGUGGCCAUUGUGGUGAACCAGAGCAGGAAAUAGUAAACCGAAUUACCGGUGGCAGUGACGUAGAGCCGGGAUCCCACCCAUGGGCAGCUUUGCUAGUCUACACUCUAGGCAGAGGAGUCACCAAAUCGCUCUGUGGAGGGGCGUUGAUCAAUCUUCAAACUGUUUUGACCGCCGCGCAUUGUAUCGAAGGUCUUCCCAGAAAUUGGAGAAUGCAUAGGGUUCGCCUAGGCGAAUGGAAUGUCGAUAACCUUCACAGUUGUAAGAACAUAGAAAAUGGAGAAAUAUGCAAUCUAGAACCGGAAGUACGACGUGCCAUAUUGCAUGACCAUUAUAAUCGACUAUCAAACAGUCAUCUAAACGACAUUGCACUUCUACAAUUAGCAGAGAAGGUCACAAUAAGCAAAUACAUCAAACCUAUUUGUCUUCCACUAGACAAAACUAUUCAGCUAAUGCCUAUAGAAAAUGAACCAUUUACUGUAGUCGGAUGGGGAGAGACUGAGAACGGUUACUAUAGCCCAACACUUCUAGAGGUUACCGUCAUCGGUAAGCACUUGAGCAUGUGCAACCAAGUGUUCAGGAAACAGAACAUGGCGUUAGCGGAAACACAGCUUUGCGUAGGCGGAGAGGAAGGAAAAGAUUCAUGCAGGGGUGACUCCGGUGGACCUUUGAUGCGACAAAUUGACAACACGUGGUACCUGGUAGGAAUGGUCAGUUUCGGCGAUCGCAUCUGUGGUGUGAGAAACCAACCCAGCGUUUACACUAAUGUAGUUGCCUAUAUUGACUGGAUUGAACACCAAAUUAUAGAAUAUAACUAGAGUAAAAA